UUCCCGUCAUGGCGGCCGCCCCGCCGCUCUCCAAGGCCGAGUACCUCAAGCGCUACCUGUCCGGGGCCGAGGCGGAGGCGGCCGGGCAGCGGGGCCCCGAGGCCGGCCGCAAGCGUCGCAGGAAGAAGCUCAAGCCCGGCCUGGGCGGCGGCGGCGGCGGCAGAGGGAUGCGCAUCGUGGACGACGACGUGGGCUGGGACCACAUUUCCCCCCGGGCCGAGGACGGCGGCGGCGGCGGCGGCGACGACGACGACGACGGGGACCCGCCCGUGGUGGCAGAGUUUGUGGAUGAGCGCCCGGAGGAGGUGAAGUGGAUGGAAGAAUUCCGGACCAGCAACAAGUGGAGGCUUCUGGGAGAUGAGAAUGAAGACCCCCAAGACCCAGAGAUCUUCCCAGCAGUACCACGUCCAGGAAGCUGGGAAACUUCGAAACAAAUGAAAUCCAAGAAGUCUUCCGACAGGUCCCGGCACGACUCCCCGGACGCCUCGCCGCCCCGCCGGGCCCGGCACGACUCCCCGGACGCCUCGCCGCCCCGCCGGGCCCGGCACGACUCCCCGGACGCCUCGCCGCCCCGCCGGGCCCGUCACGACUCCCCGGACGCCUCGCCUCCCCGCCGGGCCCGGCACGACUCCCCGGACGCCUCGCCUCCCCGCCGGGCCCGGCACGACUCCCCGGACGCGUCGCCGCCCCGCCGGGCCCGGCACGACUCCCCGGACGCCUCGCCUCCCCGCCGGGCCCGACACGACUCCCCCGACGCCUCGCCUCCCCGCCGGGCCCGACACGACUCCCCCGACGCCUCGCCUCCCCGCCGGGCCCGACACGACUCCCCCGACGCCUCGCCUCCCCGCCGGGCCCGACACGACUCCCCCGACGCCUCGCCUCCCCGCCGGGCCCGGCACGACUCCCCUGACCUCUCGCCUCCCCGCCGGGCCCGGCACGACUCCGACCUCUCGCCGCCCCGCCGGGCUCGGCACGACUCCCCGGUCCAGUCCUCUACCAGAACGAAAAGCAGCAAAAGCCUAGACAGACACUCCACCAAGACCUCUCUAAGUCGAAAGGAUCACCGGCACCGUGAGCGAACGCCCCCCAGGACCAGCGGACUUGGGAGUGGUUUUGACCCAUCUCUUCUACGGAAGAAGCGAACAGAGUCCCCUCCCAAGGAGCAGAAGCCUCAGCGUGGUCCUAAAGGCUGCUCCCCCGUCCGCCGGGAACAUCCUUCGAAUCCGUCGCCCACGCGGCGCCGGCGGCACGAUUCGGACUCUCCCCCAUCGCGCCGGGGCAGCCGGCGCCCUCCCGAUCCGGACCUUUCCCCGCCGCGGAUUGGGCGCGGCCGGGCUUCCGGGCCCCGGGGCUCCGACUCUGAUCUCUCCCCUCCGCGGAGGCGGCGGAGGGCCGGCUCUUCCGAUUCCGACCCGUCUCCUCCCCGGCGUGGUCCGUCCGGUGCAAAGAAGGCCCAGAUGCUUUCCGGAGCAAAGGCGGGGCUGAAGUCGGCCGACGCAGUGAGGAAAGAGCAGCAGGAGCUCAGGAAGUCAGAUCGGGACACCGGGCAGCUGGAAGCCGAGUCCCAAAACGCGGAGACGGUUUUCCGCGACCGGCUGGGCCACAAGAGGGACCUGAAGCUGGAGCGGUUGGAGCGUCGGCGACAGGCAGAGGAGCAGUCGGAGAAGGACGAGCAGUACGCCCAGUGGGGGAAGGGCCUGGCUCAGAGCAGGCAGCAGGAACAGAACGUGCAGGACGCCAUGAAGGAGAUGCAGAAGCCGCUGGCCCGCUACAUCGACGAUGAGGACCUGGACCAGAUGCUGCGGGAGCAGGAGAGGGAAGGGGACCCCAUGGCCGACUUCAUCAAGAAGAAGGCGGCCAAGGAGAACAAGGGCAAGAAAACCAAGCCCCGGUACAGCGGUCCAGCCCCGCCACUCAACAGGUUCAAUAUCUGGCCUGGAUAUCGCUGGGAUGGAGUGGACAGGUCCAACGGAUUUGAACAGAAGCGCUUCGCCAGGCUGGCCAGCAAGAAAGCCGUCGAGGAGCUCGCCUACAAGUGGAGCGUGGAGGACAUGUAGUCGGGUGGUGGUCCAGGGCCUAAGUGGACCACUGCUGCCAGGGCAAGGCAGAGGGCUAGGCAGAGGCUCGGGAGCACUGGAUGCCAGCCUCUACCUGUGCCCGCUCCCAGACGGCUCGGGCCCGGAGAACUGAGGAGGCUUGGGUCGGGCGAAGCCUUGACGGGAAGACCGUGGUCACCUGGGCGCCCGGGGAAGUCCACCUGGCCUUCUGGGACUAACUGACCAGGAGCCCCGGGAGCCCACCUUUGAUUCUUUUCCCUUUUUUUCUAACAAAUACAUCUUUAUUUUUCCAAGCUC